AACCUUUUCUUAAAAGCUUUCAAGCUGGUUCUAUGUUUAUGAUCACGGGAGGAAAGUACCAUGUAAAGAGUACAUCAGGAAGUGAACAUAUUAAGAUGAAAGUAAAGAUCUGAAAGUAAAGAGACAGUAGGCAGAAACGACUCAAGUAGCAGUUCACGUGUUAGACAGCAGAAGAUUAAGAGAUGUCCACUUCAGAAGAAGAGUGUCCUGUGUGUAUGGACACAAUAACAAAUCCGUCUCAGCCUACAGCCUGCUGCGGAAAAGUAAUUUGUCAGACAUGUUUAGAUCAAUCUCUUCGACAUAGAGCUCACUGUCCACACUGCAGAGGCCAAAUAAACCAAGUAAAUCCAUUGCGCCCUUCUACUGAUAGACGGAGGAAUCGGCGCCACAACCUGUUUGGGAAUUCUUCAACAUUCCAUCCAGUUAGACCUGUUAGCUCAAGCAUACUAAACCGCCUUCAUCAACUUCAUGCUGCUCAGUUGGAGUAUACAAACACUGCCAAUCAAGGCAGUCUGCCCAAUUGGAAUGCCUUGGCACCUGCCCCACAAAGUCAAGCUCCUCCCCUUUCACGUUUUACUGCACCUAUUUUUGCCCUGCCCGUGCCACGAAUCCAAGCUGCACCUUCAGGUGCCAUUAGAGCCAUACCACCUGCAGUGGCACGAAUAAACCCCAACCCAGCACCGGAAAAUUUAGAGGCUGAGUUGGAUGAAUGGCCCUGGCAAACUGAAAUCCAUCUAAUGAGAAUUCAGCAACAGCAACAACCUCAGGGCCCCAACGUGAGGACUUUUGCAUGUCCCUACUGUCCGAUUAGUGGGUUGGAUGAAUUGAAUCUACGUGAUCACUGCAAUGCUGUACAUGCUCAUGACAUCAGAAGUGUGGUUUGUCCUGUGUGUGUGGCUUUGCCCCACGGUGACCCUCAGUACUAUAGCCGCAAUUUCAUUGGCCACCUCAACCUGCGUCACUGCUUCAACACUGAGGAUAUAACUAACAUUCACCAGAGUGAUGAGAUCAACAUUCAGUGUGCCAUCAUGGCAUCAUUUGCCAAAAACAACUGAGCCUCAUUUAGGCUACUAUAAAAUGUGUUUUAGACAACAUUUAACCCAAUAAAAAGCUUAUUGUGAACUGGA